GAUACAUGCUUCACAAAAUGCUUCGGGGAUUACUCGACACACGCUCCGAAGCCUCGGCGCAAUACAUAACAUCACUACUGCUUGCUUCACCCACCGUAACAUAUACCCAGUCUUCCUGAAAGAACUUGCGCUGAGCUUCAUAUAAACGCAGUCCAUUUACUGUGCGUUCUUGUAGGCAGAAUGGAUUUGGUGUGAACUCGAUGUGUGGCCGCGUGGCGGGGAUCCUGGCUCCACUGGUGAGGCUGCUGGACGUCUACCAUCACUCCAUCCCCAUGCUGAUAUACGGCAUCAUCCCCAUCACUGCUGCUGGUCUCUGCUUGUUACUGCCUGAAACCCUCAAUGUGGAACUCCAGGACCACACCGAGCCCGAGGAACCAUCAAAUGGAGCUUCGGAGAACGCUGAAGUAAUAAUUCAAGAGAAAAAACUUUAAUUUGUACUGUUGUUCUUCUUCCUUUAUUAUAGUCAGACAACUUUUCUACAUGUAUUAGCAUUUUUUUUCAACCUCUUUUUAUCGGUGUUGUUUGCAUAAAAGUGUUAUAUGAAUAAAAUGUAAUUCACCAGAGCUUUGUUGAAA